GGACACGAGUGUCGUCGGGACGCCAUGUGUGAGGGCGGAUACGCCUGCAUGUUCGUGUGCCAAAAGCGCAUCAAGCGUGGGCGUGAGGGCGCCAGGUGCCGCAAGGAGCGGGAUUGUGGAGCAGGGAUGUGCUGCGCCCGUCGCCAUGGAGAGCAGGUGUGUCAGCGGCGUGUGCCGUUGGGCCACAAGUGCUACGUCCCUGAGGGCGGCCUCGACUACUCCAUGAACCAGCUUUGUCCGUGCGAGAGCGGCCUUGUGUGCAAAUACACGGCUCAACAGCCUCCUUCCAGGCACCAGCUCAUGGCCCUCAUGUCGGCGCACGAGGACAUGCGCUGCGCAGCGCCCUCGCACCGCGUCGACUGACAUGUCA